AUGCCUGAAAAAAAGCAGAACCUGAACGUUGGAGUCAUUGGUGGCGGAAUUGCUGGUCUCACAGCAGCCAUCAGCCUUCGCAAAUUUGGCCACGAGGUGACAAUAUAUGAGAGAUAUCACUACGCAGGAGAAGUUGGUGCUAGUUUGUCCUGUGCUUCCAACGGAGGCAGGCUGCUCCAGGAGCUUGGCGUGCCUCUGCUGGAGACCAAGCCGGUGAUUUUAAAGAAGCUGAUCAAACGUCAAUUCGACAACGGUGAGAUAACUGGGGUCUACGACCUCGGAGACUACGAAGAGUCUUUUGGAGUGCCUUACUACAAUCUUCACAGAAUCGACAUUCACGACUUGCUUCUCAAGUGUGCUUUGGAUGAAAAUAGAGAGGGCAUUCCUUGCAAGCUUCUAGUGGACCACAAAGCGUUGAACGUGGACGCAGAGUCUGGAAAGAUCACUUUCGAAAACGGUCAUGAGGCCACGCACGAUCUAAUUGUCGCUGCUGACGGAAUCCGGUCUCUGACUCGUGAGCAAAUUGGAAACCCGCCAAAUUUCAAGUCCUCGACUUCCUGUUGCUUUAGGUGCUUGUUUGAAACCAAAGAAGUGCUGGCCAAGGGUCUCACUGACUUUUCUAAAAACGAGGCCAUCGAAUAUUGGUGGAGAGGAACUCCGGGCUCCUCUGGAAUUGACAAAAUUGUCAUGUCUCCUUGUAAAGGCGGCGAGGUGGUCUCCUGCUACUGCUUCUAUCCAGCGGUGAAAAACAACCUUCGUAUGGGUGGCUGGAACGACGAAGCUUCUGUUGAAGAGCUCUGUGGCACGUUUCCCGACUUGGACCCAAAGGUGUUGGAUCUGUUCAAGAUUGCUUACGAUAUCAAGCAAUGGAGACUGUAUGUUCACCAGCCUUACGAGCACUGGCAAAAGGGCAAGGUUGUGAUGAUAGGAGAUGCCAUCCACCCAAUGAUGCCUGACCAGUCCCUCGGUGCUGUCACGGCGAUUGAGGACGCCUUUGCCAUUGGCUACAUUUUCAGCGACCAAUUCAAAUUUUCCGUGCCAGACGGUCUCAAGCUGUAUGAGAAAAUUCGCAAACCUCGUGCUACCAGAAUCCAAGCAGCAUCCCUAAGGGCGCGGGAAAAUUUGAACGAGCGUAUUGGAUGGUCCAGCAAGGAUAAUGACCGGCCUGACAAGCUGACCAUUACUGAGAUUUGUGGCUACGAUAUUAAAGCCGAUAUUGAAGAGCAGGCAAAACAGAUGGGACUUUUGUAG